GUUUUUCCUCAUUUCUUUUUCCUCCAUUUUAUAAUUUUUGAAAUGAUUCUUGACGAGCGCAGACUGGAUGUGGACCAAAACAAAGAAAUAUACUCUGUUCUUCUUAUUAGCCAUGGAUUAUGGCUAAGAUUUAUGCAUCAAAGACCUCAGUUGUACCAAGUGGCUUUAUGCACUUCCCCACUUCCGAUCCCAACUUUUAAAUACCAACAAAAAAAUGUCAAAAUCAGAGUUCUCAGCCAUGGAGAUACAAUUUCAAAUCGCCUUUGAUCAAGCAAAUCACUUUUCAUGACAAAAACUUCAAGUAAUCCAGAAUGACGGGGGCUAUUAAAGCCUUACCAACAUUACCAACUUCACGAUUAUUGGUUGAGGGUCUUAAGACUCCAAAAUCGAAUCAAUUUAACAACUGGGUUCCUCCAUUUCAUCCUCACGGUGUCAGAUACUCGGAGCCCAGAUGGGGAUUUCGUGUUUCUUUAGUCGCUAACACUUCAUCUGCUGGGGUUUCAUCGGAGUUUGAUUCCGGGGCGUUUCCGCAUUCCCAAGACAAGAUAGAGCACAUUGAGACCAAUCUGGAAAAGGUUAUAUAUGGCUGUCGUUUCUUUGCUAUUCUUGCAGUUUGGGGCUCUUUGCUGGGAUCUUUCCUUUGUUUCAUUAAGGGUUGCGGUUAUGUUGUAGCUUCAUUCCAAGAAUAUUUUGUAAAUCGCGGGAAGGUGAUAUUUUCACUUGUUGAGGCCCUUGAUGUUUAUCUACUAGGAACGGUGAUGUUGGUUUUUGGAAUGGGGCUGUAUGAGCUCUUCAUCAGCAACCUUGACAAGGCAAAAUCAAUUUCAGAUGACAAAGUUACAUAUACAUCAAAUUUCUUUGGCUUAUUCACUCUAAAGGACCGACCCCAAUGGCUGGGAAUAAAAUCUGUGGAUGAGUUGAAAACAAAAUUGGGACAUGUAAUCGUCAUGCUACUUCUUAUUGGUUUCUUUGACAAGACGAGGAAGGCGACAAUUCUAUCGUCUCUUGACUUGCUGUGUUUCGCAGCUUCGGUACUUCUGUCAUCUGGGUGCCUGUAUCUGUUAUCUAAACUCCAUUCUGGAGAAUAAGAGACUCCUGAACAUGACUUCUUGUAUCUACUAGUAGUAAAACUCCAUUUUAAAGAACAUAGCUUCAGUACUUAUUUACUUUUUUUUUUUUUUUCAAUAAGAGCAAAGUACCAAUCUUGUUUUUCAUCUAGUUGUAGUUGUUAGGAAGACAAAUACUCCCUCCGUUCCAUAAUUAUUGUCCAGUUUUACUAAAAUGAAAGAUUUUAUUUUUGGUCAAACUUAACUAUAUUUUACUUUAAACAACCGAAUGUACCCCUACAUAAGUAAUUGUUUAACCACUAAGAUUUUAUGAAUAAUAUUUUUUAUUAAGGACAAAUGUGUAACUUGAUCCAUAAAAACUCAAAUUGGACAAUAAUUUUGGGAUAAAAUUUUUUGGGUAAAGUGGACAAUAAUUAUGGGACG